CUUGAUGUCAUCCCGGCACAUAAGCAGCUUCGAGUUGACUGGCGGCCGCGUCUCCAGACGUCUCCAGAUUUCAGAGUUUGCGGCUCUUUUUUUUUGUCCGAGUUGCAUGUGAAGAACAUUUCAGGAACGGACAUCUCGACUCGUAAUUGGUCCGGAUGUUUUUCGGUACUCUCUGCACACAGUACUCCAUCGACUCUGUAUUCGCCGAUGUCAAGGAUCCCCAGCGAGAUUCGGGUUAUAGGGUCUUUCACUUCGCUAAUUCCAACCCUUUGGACCCUUGUUUCAUCCCGGUGCUCACUGCUCACUUCGAGGCAAUAA